CUCCGCCCAUUUCCACUAGCAUUAGCCAUUAGCCAUCGCGGUUUACGCCUGCUUAUCUGGACCUUAUCUCCCUCUAAAUUUCAUUGUUUUUGUCUCUGUCGUGCUUUUGUGAGAAGUCUGUGAGAUGGUUUUGUUAAAUAGCAAUAGCAAUGAGGAACAGGAUUUAAUCCUGAAUGAGCCGCGCUGCUCGUCUCUACCCAGCUCUCCUGCAAAGCGUGCUUCUCCAGCCAAAAAGAAGCAGUUUUUUAUCAACCAGGCCAUUCGUAACUCUGACCUCACUCCCAGAGCCAAGGGCAAGAAGAGUCUGAGACGACAGGAAAACACUCGUUUUCUGGACAAUCUUUUGGAACGGGACGAGUGCUCUAAAGAGGACGGUGAAGGACAUGAAACAGCCUUGCCCACCAUCUUCACUGAAGCCUGCACCAAUGGAGACUAUGUGGAGUACUGGAGUGAUUUUAUGAAUCGUUCUGGGGAGGAGCAAGAGCGACUUUUGGCUCUGCUGGAGGAGGAGGCCCAGAGGACCCACUCAGACAAGAGCCAUAAAGACCAAAGAGAAGUAAAUCCUGCCUUCAGUGCUCAGGAGUGUUUUCAGAGAAUUGAUCGGCGGCUGCGUGCCACGCUGAGACGCAGACAGCUUCCCAUGGGAGUGUUGGAGGGUCUGGAGUCCGAUCUGCUGGGAUUCUUCGUGGCAGAUCCACACUCAAUUUACAUAACCAAACUCAGCAACAGUUAUGAGCGACUGCUGCUUCAUGCUAUCUGCCAGUACAUGGACCUGACCUCUGCUAGCUCUGACUGUGAUGGUGCUCGGCAGACUGAGGUGGUCAACAAACAGGAAGAGUUCCUCCCUCCGCAGCCUCUGCUCUCUGUCUACCUGGAGCAGCUGAGCUGAACUGCUGUGAAUCCUGGCUACGAGCAUUGCCAUUGAUACUCAUCCAACAAGAACCUGCACCACUGCCCUUGAAAAAAAGCUCGGCCUUGACCUGGCCAGUAUGAACUCUACACAUGGCAUCGUGUCGUUGGACCUGGCCUGCAGGCCUUGGCCUUUAGGAGAGACUGUGCUAACUAGAUUAUUGUACUCAGUGUCACUAUCUCUUUCAUUCCAUUUUUAAAUGCAUUUUGGAGCAUGUAUUAGCAUAUGUCGUUAUUACAGCUGUCUUUAUAAAGGAUUCUUUUUCCAUGUUGCAGACAGAAUGUUUACUGUCAUGGCAUCCUUGUAGACAAAUAGGAAUAUGAUUGUGUGACCUCAAGAAGAGGUUGAAAAUGGUUUGAUAAUUAUUGUUUUUGAUCACCUUGACUUGAAAAUGAAAUGUAGUGGGUCAAGAAAUUCAUGUCCAUCUCUGAUGUUAUAUAAGCCACAGAUUGUCACUUUCAAAAACAUAUAACUCAGGCUCCUACAAAAGAAUGACAUCGUAUAAAUCUGCACGUGUCACAAAUAAUAUGGUUAUGCAGUUAUUAUUAUUUAUUUAUACCCGUGCGACCUGUUUGUUACUGCACAACUUUUACAUUUGAUUUGUGCAGACUGCUAAUUAACUUCAGCCAAUCCUGCCUGACAACUGAAGAGUGAAAGUAGACCUUUUAUACUCCGCAUUCUGUAACUUGAAUUUGAGUAGAACAGUACUUAAUAGUCUUUUUUUCCCCAUUAAGGAUCUGCCAACAUGCACUUGUAGCUAUGCCUUACCUGUACACUCCAUAUUUGUCAGUUUUGCAUUUUUGUAUUUAUAUAUUGAGCCUUUACAUCAAGGUUAUUAUGGUUUACAUAAUAACCUUUAUAUACCAUCAAAGGUCCUGAGACACUUGAGCAGUUAUUGCAUUGGUGAUUAUAACCAAAGUGUGUGUGUGCUGAUUCUCAGGCAUCAACUAUCAUGAAUGUGGACUUUCAACAUUUUCAUUACUCAUAAAAUCACCUGAAAACCACGUGUGUUCAAACAUUUUGAAAGAGAGAGUGGUGUUUUGGGAAUAUUUAUACAUGUGUUAAAAUGUUUGAGUUAAAUGCUGUUUAUACCAUGGUGGCAGAAUAUGAAUACGUACCAUAGAGGCUAGAGCACUUAGUAGUAUUUAGUUUUUGUCUGUGAUGAGUAUCUGUACCUUAGACAAUUAAAAUACCAAGUUUUUAACUGA